UUGCAACGUUCACAAAAUUUGCGCACUGGAUAUGUAAUAUUGUACCCUUUGGAGGCCUUUUCACCAGAAGGAUGGAUAGUGCCGAGGCAGCUGUGGUGCUUAAUGGUUCCCAGUUAUCAUUUGUUGGCCAAGAGGUAGAAAGCAUACCAGGGAUUUUUGGAAGGAAAUAUGGGAAGGUUGUUACGAGAUUGGAUCUGAGUUACAACCAGCUAAGAUCACUUAAUGGUCUGUACAGUUUCGAAAGGCUGGAGGAACUAAUCCUCGAUAACAACCAGCUUGGAGAUGAUAUGGAUAUUCCUGAAAUGCCCCACUUACACACGCUGACAUUGAACAAAAACAAAAUAGCCAAUCUAGAUGUAAUUUUGGACAAAAUCUCCAAGAAUCUACCCUCUCUGAAGUACCUCAGCAUGCUGAGUAACCAGGCCUGUCCAAAUGAACUGUCUUUUUCACACAGAGAUGAGGAAGAUUAUCAACGAUACAGAUAUUAUGUCAUUUACCGCCUGCCAAAGCUAACCUUCCUUGAUUCAAGACCUGUGAAAAAAGAUGAAAGAGAUGAAGCUCAGAGAGUUGGUGCUCACAUGAAAAUUAUGGCUCCCCCUGAUGAAGAUCUGACCGCUGAACUGCAAGAAAGCAUGGUAUCCUCAAACUACACCCCGCUACCGAGCAAUUCAAUCCCUCCAGGAGAUCACAAAGGAACAUUCGGACGUUGUCGAUACGUCUACUACGGAAAACAAUCGGAAGGCAACAGAUUUAUAAGAAACAACGAACUUUAAUAAAAAUGGUAAAGUUGAUUAUUGAAUUUGUUAAUUUUUGUGCUUUUGUCAUUGCAAGAGCAAGAGAAAAUGUAUAUACAGCGCUUAGUCUUGGACUACGGCACGUCAAAAUUUCAACGAACAAAUUCACCUCGAGCGCUUCUUCGUCUGCGUGAAUAUAUGAAGCCUUGAGCCACGCGAACAGGUAAACCUCUCCUGUCCAGCGGUGCUUAUAACGAAGGCAUGCCCGAAGGCUAGCCAGAGAUUUACCUCGUAAUCAAUGUUCAAUAUUCAAUCUCUUACCAGUCUUUCUGAAAAAAAAAAAUUGCUACUGGAGUGAGAGAAAAAGAACCAGCUAUUUCUUCAGGUGAAGCAGACCCACUGGCUUCAAAAGCAAACCCGAACUUCAAAUAUAAAGGCACUUCCUGUUUUUGAAAAAUAUUUCAAUGAACAAAAUUGAUAGGGUUUCAGUGUCUUAUAAUGUUUGAAGGAAGUCCGUAACCCACAUACUGGCGUCUAUUAACUUACGAUUUUGGCCGGUGUUGUAUGCUUCAUAAUGUUAUGCUUUAACCGUUUCGUAGUUCUAAAAAUACGUUAAGGAAGUAAUUAUAGUUUUAUUGUGAUAUAUCAGUAAAUAUAGAGUUUUAUUGGUCCAAAGUAACCUUGUUGUGAAACAGUUUAGAGUAUAAGUCAAAACGACAUUUUAUUCUGACUUUCUGAUGAUAAACUAGUAUUCUUUUACUUAAAGUAUCUUUUUGGAUAAAGUGAUAUGAUCACUCUUUUUUAAUAUCUUGAAAGAGAGAUACAAUUAAUACACAAGUCGAAUUUCUGUUUUCCUCUGAAUGGUACAUGAAAGCCUUUACGUUGUAACUGAAGUUGCUUUUUUGAGAUUAUUAUAACUGUUUAUUAAAACGGUUUUAACUUUUCUCCAAAAGUGGGCUCACCCUAUGAUCCCAGAUGUUACUAGUAAUUUGCCUUACUGUCCGCCAUACAAUUCCUAUGCUGUUUGGAGAAUUUGGAAUUGGAUCAACUACUUAUCCCUAACGUGGUAUUUUUCUCUGUUCUCAUUACUUGUCUGCUAGAUUUUGUAUUGAUAUUGUUAGGAGAAGUUCUGUCUUGAUCACUCAUGGGAGUUCAAGGUUUUGGUGAAUGUGAAGUCUUAACCACAAAAGUCACAUUGAAGUACCCAUAAUAAAAUAUAAUAACAACUA